AUCACACAAACGGAUCUGUCUCGACAUCAAUUUGCAUUUCUUUCUGCCUGUGAAACCGCAGUCGGUGUCUUGAGUACACCCGACGAAGUGAUACAUCUGGCAGCUGGCCUGCAAUUCGCCGGGGUUAAGAGUGUCGUUGGGACAUUAUGGAAGGUCAAUGACAGUACCAUGCAGCGCUUAGUCGAAGCGUUCUACAAAAACUUUUGUGGGGAUGGCACGAUGAAUUCAAAACGCGCCGCCCGGGCACUGCACCGAGCGGUCCAGUCUUUGGCUUGUGACACGGACAUACCCUUGGACCAGCACAUAGUAUUUGUGCAUAUUGGCAUAUGA